GAGUCGCCGUCCGGCGGUCGGCACCUGAGUUCUGGCCUCUCGCCUUCCACCUGGGACAGCAUGAGUUUCACCACCCGCUCCACCACCUUCUCCACCAACUACCGGUCCCUGGGCUCGGCGCGCUCGUCCAGCCUGCGCGCCCGGCCGGCUAGCAGCGCCUUCAGCGUCUAUGCGGGCGCCGGGGGCUCAGGGUCCAGAAUCUCCGUGUCGCACUCCAGCAGCUUCCGGGGCGGCUGGGGGGCCGGGGGCCUGGCCACAGGGGUAACGGGGGGCCUGGCAGUCAUGGGGGGCAUCCAGAGCGAGAAGGAGACCAUGCAAGACCUGAACGACCGCCUGGCCUCCUACCUGGACAAGGUGAGGAGCCUGGAAACUGACAACCGGCGGCUGGAGAGCAAGAUCCGGGAGCACCUGGAGAAACAGGGCCCCAAAGUCCGAGACUGGGGACACUACUUCAAGGCCAUCGAGGAGCUGAGGGCUCAGAUUUUUGCCAACUCCGUGGACAACGCCCGCAUCGUUUUGCAGAUCGACAAUGCCCGUCUUGCUGCUGAUGACUUCAGGGUCAAGUAUGAGACAGAGCUGGCCAUGCGCCAGUCGGUGGAAAGCGACAUCCAUGGGCUGCGCAAGGUCAUCGAUGACACCAACGUCAGCCGGCUGCAGCUGGAGACAGAAAUCGAGGCUCUCAAAGAGGAGCUGCUGUUCAUGAAGAAGAACCAUGAGGAGGCACUAAAAGGCCUGCAAGCCCAGAUCGCCAGCUCUGGGCUGACCGUGGAGGUCGACGCCCCCAAAUCUCAGGACCUGAGCAAGAUCAUGGCAGACAUCCGGGCCCAGUACGACGAGCUGGCUCAGAAGAAUCGCGAGGAGCUGGACAAGUACUGGUCCCAGCAGAUCGAGGAGAGCACCACCAUCGUCACCUCGCAGUUGGCGGAGGUCAGCGCAGCCGAGACAACACUCACGGAGCUGCGGCGCACCUUCCAGUCUUUGGAGAUCGACCUGGAGUCCAUGAAGAACCUGAAGAUCAGCUUGGAGAACAGCCUGCGGGACGUGGAGACGCGCUACGCCAUGCAGAUGGAGCAGCUCAACGGUGUGCUGCUGCACCUGGAGUCCGAGCUGGCGCAGACCCGGGCCGAGGGACAGCGCCAGGCCCAGGAGUACGAGGCCCUGCUGAACAUCAAGGUCAAGCUGGAGGCUGAAAUCGCCACCUACCGCCGCCUGCUGGAAGACGGGGAGGAGUUCAGCCUCAGCGACGCCCUGGACGCCAGCAACUCGAUGCAGACCAUCCAGAAGACCACCACCCGCAGGAUCGUGGACGGCAAGUUGGUGUCUGAGACCAACGACACCAAAGUCCUGAGGCAUUGAGGCGGCAAAGACGGGGUGCCCUUGGGGACACGGGGGGCCAAUAAAAGUUUGGAGUUCACUUGA